GCGUAAUCCGGUGGGAUGUCGCGUUCGCGUUUCGCCACUUCACUGCGCUUGGGACCAUCACCAAUGGCUAUAACGUAACCAAUUCGCGAUCGGAACAAGAUGCCACCUCACUGUCGAAAGGCUUAGUGAAUGAGGAACCGUGGCUCCUCGUAGGAUAGUGCUUGCCGCCGCAUGACAGGCACUCAACGUCAGAAGUCAUGUCAUCGUCGUCCCCGUUGCUCGAGCCAAAGCGCUUCUUUCGCGACACCUCCCCGGUGGACGCGGCGGAGCGCACUCAGUCGCAGUUCACUUAUAGGCAGCUUUCACAGCUCGCCGCAUAUUCGACGUCAUGUCCGCUUCGUGUGAUUUCACACAUCGAUCUGGAUGCGUUUUAUGCCCAGUGCGAAAUGGUGCGGCUAGGUGUUGAUGAGGACAGGCCUCUUGCUGUGCAGCAGUGGCAAGGGCUGAUUGCCGUCAACUAUCCUGCUAGAAAAUUUGGCAUUUCACGACAUUGUGCUAUUGAUGAUGCACUUAAGCUAUGUCCUGAAUUACAAGUUCAACACGUUGCAACCUGGAGGGAAGGCGAUAAUACUUGGGCGUACCGUGGCGAUGCAGCUGCGAACAUCGCUACAGACAAGGUCUCUUUGGACCCAUAUAGACUGCAGUCACGAACGAUUCUGGCACUGAUAAAAGAGUGCCUUCCGCCUCACCAGUGCAAAGUGGAAAAGGCAAGCAUCGAUGAAGUGUUUAUUGAUCUCUCGGCCAAUGUACACUCCAAGCUCAUAGAAAGAUUUCCCGAGUUGGCUUCUCCGCCACCAGGAGCUGAUGCACAGGCACGUCUGCCUCUACCACCAGUGAGUGCCCUCGACUGGCAGGCAGAUGCGCUAAUCGAGCUCGACGAGACCGAGACCGAGACCGACGACCCGGACUGGGACGACAUUGCUCUGCUCAUUGCUUCAGAAAUUACCCGCGACAUCAGGCAAACGAUAUUCACCAGACUAAAAUACACUUGCUCGGCGGGCGUCGCGGGCAACAAGCUACUCAGCAAGCUUGGAUCUGCCCAUAAGAAGCCCAAUCAGCAAACGGUGAUUCGUGGCCGAGCUGUCCGCAAGUUCCUCUCAGACUUUAAGUUCACCAAGAUUCGCAACCUCGGUGGUAAGCUGGGCGACCAGGUGGUCGCGGCAUUCGGCACCGAGUCUGUUUCUGACUUGCUCGAGGUGCCGUUAGAUCAACUGAAGCUGCGGCUGGGCGAGGAAUCAACGGCGCUAUGGGUAUAUAACACGAUCCGUGGGAUCGAUAACAGCGAGGUCAACUCGAGAACACAAAUCAAAUCCAUGCUUUCAGCAAAGUCGUUCAGGCCAAGCAUUCACUCGGUAGACCAGGCAAACAAAUGGCUUCGCAUCUUCUCAGCAGACAUAUUUUCUCGGCUGGUCGAGGAAGGCGUCCUCGAGAACAAGAGACGCCCAAAGACUAUGAACCUGCAUCAUCGGCACAAUGGCCAAUCCAAGGCACGAUCGUGUCCGAUACCCCAAGGGGUGAGAGUGCUCGACGACAGUGUGCUGUAUGAGCUUGCCCAGAACCUCCUGAGGCAGAUUGUGAUGGAGGGCAAGGUCUGGCCCUGUGACAACCUCAGCCUGAACGUCAGUGGUUUUGAAGAUGGGAUAACUGGCAACAUGGGCAUUGGAGGAUUUCUGGUCAAGGGAGAGGAAGCACAGGGUCUUCGGUCCGUCAGCAACCGGGAUAACCCAGCUGGGCAUCAAGAAACCCAACAGCAGCAGCACCAUGACAGUAAACGACGCAAGAUAAAUGGUGGUGGGUUGCAUCGCUUCUUUGGCAAGGCAACUCAGCAGCGUGAGUCCUCGUCGGGGCCGGGGGAGGAUGACGAGUACACGGCAAAAGCGGAAGGUAGCAAGCGCCGGUCCCAAGACGAGUUGCAUCCGACGGAUGCACAGGCUGAAGAGUCGAUGCAAGAAGCUAUCGGAUCUUCUUGCCCGCGCUGCAAAGACGUCUUCUUUAAUACGCCAGAAGAGCUGCAGGACCACCUCGACUGGCACCUCGCCAAAGACCUCCAAGACGAGGAGGAACGUGGAGCUUCUGCAUUCGCUACACGGAGGCAGCCCACCUCGGCGGCACCGCCUGCGAAACCGCGGGGAAGGGGAAGGCCGCCCAAAGGGGCGGCGAAGCCAAAGACUGACCCCGGGCAAAGGCGGUUGAGGUUCGACUGAGACGUUCUACAUCAGGAAGCGGCAGGUGGAUUGGGGUAUCAGCAUCAAUAAGACGGCCUCCCCAUAAACUCCGAUCCCGAUAAGGAGAAGGGAGGGCCCUUGGGCAGGCACGAUUAUUUAGGUUGCAUUUGCAUUGUUAUCAAAGGGAACGUUUGCUCCAUAUUGUUUCCAGGGGUCCAGCUGAAGCUUGGUGUUCUACAGAGUAUCGUUUAGCACUCGUUCACCGCUUCUGACUCUCGGUAGAAGACCAAGGGUUGUAUGCGCGCAUAUACUAUGUAAUGCCAUCUUUGCUUGGAUAGAAUGCGGCAAGAGCUCAAAACACCAAGGAGAUGAUACAUCAGAACAGAGGAUAGGGAUGCGUGCGUGUCAACCUUUCAUUGAGUCGAGCGAGCUUUCUAUGACACAGACUACAGCCAAUGUAUUAUCUUGGCGGGCCUAAGUGUCAAAUCUUGGCCCUUCGUCUCAACCAUGAACAUACGACGAGAUGAAUAUAGGGCUACAUGUGUGAUGUCAAAAACAAGACAAGGUUUUAAUUAUAUACCAAUUGACAGUAAGGCGAUAUGCAGGUUAAUAGGAUGAAUUACUCAGUAAUAAGACCGUUUUCCC